AUGCCGCAGAAUUUGGCAAGGUCGCUGCCUGUGGCGGAGCGAAAAACCCUUGCGGGUGAGGAUGGUAGCCAAGACAGCCACGACAAAUUACUUUUUCUCAUUCAAGAGCACCGUAUCGGCGUGACGACCAAUUCACCCACUCUGAACACCAAAGUGGACCUUGUCAGUGCCCCGGCUUCGAACCCAGUCGCAACAAGACGAAAGCCAUCAUCCCCACAGUCCCAGCACCUCAGGAACGCGUCCGACGCGUCUGCGAACAUCCUGUACUUCAACACCAACAUCUGCGCCAAUCGUAAUACCCACUCCAACAUAGACUUUACUGCUGUUAGUGCUACAUCAAGUCGGACAAAUAACAUAAUCAGGUCGACAGCACCUUCAUCGACUAAGGCCCAGACCAGGGUCGCCCAAAGACCUCCCGCCCCAUGCGAUGCAUGCCCUUCUAACCCAGAUAUACGAGACGAUGAUAUAUCCGGAUCCAUACCAUUUGCCGCAUCGCUGAAGACGCAGACUAAGGCCAUGUCUUCUCAAUCAUUAACCCAGUUGAAUGAAGGUCGCAGCUAUGACCAGUAUUCUCGCGAUGGUUCGCAACCAUCAUCUCCACCAGGAAUUCUGGCGGAAGAGCAUCGUACCCUGCAAGAGGGAGAUACUGGCUAUGUGAGCUUCAAGGACUCAUUCGACAUACCUGAUACCGCUCCAGUUGAGCCUGUCACGCCUUUUCCUCAAAAUAAUGAAAAUGAUGAUCCACAUGAUCAAUCCCGAUUCCCGUCACAACCCUCCACGGCCCGUGCAAACCCCUUCGCCCCCGAAACUCCAGCAGUAUUCCCUCGGCCCUUUAUAUCUGGGGAUGGUCAGCUUAUGGCAGCAUCCCAGUUAUUCGGCCAGACGCAGCCAACGUCUGGGCUCAAGAAAUUUAGUCCAACAUCAUCGCGCCCAUCGCCAAAUAUUUUUGGGAAUAAUGUAACAUCACCGACUCAUCCUACAUCGUCACCUUUGAAAAACAGAGGGUUUGGUAGCACUCCAAUUGCGCCUUAUAUGUCGACACCCGGCUUUCCCGAACAUUCAUCUCGGCCGCUAGAGAGCAGGACAUCUAGAUCGCCGAGCCCAGUGGGCGCACCAGGCACAGCUGAAGAGCGAGACCAGGGUGAUGUCGAUAAAUCCCCACUCCCGAAGCCUGGUUCUCGCAGAGUCAGAAUUGGACGGGAGCCUAUCAAUGAAUACCGCCCCUACCGAAAGCCAAGUCUAGAUAGUGAGAGGACGAGGUCAUCGAGUCAACACAGCGCAGAUUCAGAUUUUGAACGAGAAGAGGCUGAACUCCGUCGCCGGCGCGCUAGGCUACACAAAGCAAAAGCGUCAAAAUCAUUCCCAGAAAUUAGCGUACCUCUUCCUAGCACAGGGAGAGCUAGUGUUGAGGUGCCAUCGACGAAUCGCUCUAGACGUACCAAAGGUAUUCCAGAGACGAUCUCUGAAGAGUGUAUCCCGCAGCACGAUGAGGACAUUGUUGCAGAUAUGGGCGCCUCGCAAGAAACUGUAGUCGACUCGCAAGAUAUAAUAGUGCAACAGAAGCCGCCGAGUGGAAGUGACACCCCGACCUUACCGGCUACAGACGCUAAUAAACCUAUAUGUGAUGAACCUGGUCGGCCAUCAAGUGCCCCUACAGAAAUUAUAGAUAGGGAGAUGAUUCCGGAAACUAGUCCUGCUUGUACCUUUACCGAACCACCAAAGUUGAUCGGGGACAUCAUGAAGGAGAGCUCUAGUGCCCCCAGUGGUCUACUUCCAUCAUCUUACCCAACACUACCCAAAGGUGCCUUCGUCGCACCAUCAUGCUCACCGAACAAACUUAGCCAGUCAGAGCGCAAUCCAUCUGUGACAUCAGUCAUUGAUAAAAGGGGUAGAGAUUCGAGUGCUGCUGCAUCGUCCCCACCUAUCGUCCCGGCCACGUCACAACGAAAUACCGGACGUCGAUCCAGAAGGCUUGGUAAACCGAAAACACCAUCCUCGACAGCAUCUGAAUCUCUUCUACCUUCUGAUCCCGGCACAACGUCAUCCACACUAACUGUACUGUCAGCAACACCAGUCAUUUCCUCUAGCCUAACACCAAAUACUGAGGAUGAUGUUGAGCCUCUGGAAAGUAUUACUGCUGUCUCUUCUCCUGCAGAGGACCGAGGCCAGCGAAGGGGCCGUCCGUCUUCGUCAUUACCCGACGUAACACCAUCCUUAGCGAGAAUGAAGCCAGGUGAUAGCUCCCGGCAAAGCUCUAGGAAAGGGAAGGGUCGGUUUUCACGUCACAGCUCUCUAUCACUAGAUGAGCUGGACAAACCAUCAACAGGUUCUACACAAGACUCUCGGGCUGUCGCUCGUAAAGCACCUAGGAAGUCGACCACACUGCGUGAGUUUCAGACAAAAUAUGGAUUAUUUGAAGGGAUGGUAUUUGCGAUCUCAUUCCAGGAUCGUCAGCACUCUCAAAGAAGCAAAGAUAAGUCUGUAUCAAAGAACAGAAUCGAAGAGAUGAUUCGACAGGAAGGUGGUAAAAUCCUGGACGAUGGAUUCAAUACCCUUUUUGAAUUCGAUACGCUCACAGUAAGUGUCAAGGCGCCACACCCAACUAUUCUAUCCAGUUCAUUGAAGCUCGUCAAUAAUGGGACUGGGUUCGCCGCUCUGAUAGCCGACGGACACUCGAGAAAGGUAAAAUACAUGCAAGCCCUUGCCUUGGGUAUUCCUUGUCUAGCACCUAAGUGGGUUACCACUUGUGUAUCAAAGAAGGAAGUAGUUGAUUGGUCAUCGUAUCUUCUAUGUGCGGGAUCAAGUACAUUACUUGGGGAUGCCAUUCGGUCUAGAAACCUUCAACCAUACGACGCGUCGACAGCCAAGUUGGCGCAAGUAAUAUCCCAACGACCGAGGCUACUUGGCGAGAGUAAGAUUCUUCUCAUAAUGAAGAAAGCCAAGAACGAAGAGAAGAGAUUACCUUACGUUUUCCUUGCUCAAGUGCUCGGAGCGUCUCUUGUGCGUGUCCAGAGCGUUGAGGAGGCUAGGGCCAAGUUACGAGGAUGCGAGUCUGGGGAUGAAGCCUUCGACUGGGUCUAUGUGGAUGACCAUCUCCAGGAUGCGAGAAAUGCCCUUUUCGGUUCCGGCUGCAGCGAGACAGGUUCUAAGAAACGUAAGCGUAUGAGCGCGGAUACUGAUGUGAACAAGGACCGGCCACCGAAGCGGAUUAGGACUCUGAACGAUGAAUUGGUCAUACAGAGCCUCAUCCUUGGGAGACUGGUUGAAGAGGACGAGAUGGAAGAUUAA